AUGAAUCUUUAUCAAUCAAAUUUUAAUAGUUUAUUUAAAACCAUUAAAUUGACGCAAAAAUCAUAUACCUCGAUAUCAAAAUUAAGUGAUGUCAUUAAUAAAGAUAAAUUUCAAUACCUAGAUCAUGACUUUCUGACAACAGAAGAAAAUGAUAACUUAACAGAAUUGACAUAUACGGGUAGUAAUUCAUUGGCAAUAACAAAUCUAACGCCAACUGAUAUCAAAAAUGAUCUAAUGGUAUACAAAAUUCCUACAAAAAAUUCUAAAUAUACAAAUUUUACAACAACUAUCUGUACAAUAUGCUUAUCAUCAUUUUCUAAUUACAUUAUUCCUGAAGCAAAUUUGACUCAUUGUUAUGAAUGUGGAGCAGAAGGAACAUAUGAAAACUUUUUAAAACAGCUUGAAGUGAAAAAGAAUGUUUUUGAAGAAUUGGCAAAAUAUCAAAAUCCUGAAAUCAUGAUUACAGAUGAUCAGUUAGAUUCUGAUUUGUAUGAUAAUAUUAGUUUUAAUAAUUUUUUAAAAGAGUAUGAGGAGAAUGAUAGAAAAAUUGAAUUAAUCAAACAAUCCCAUAUAGAAAAGAUGAAUUCAAGUAAGGAAAAAAAUAUAACUGAUAAACAAGAUUUUGAUAUGAUAUUUCCAAGUAUAAAAGAAUAUUAUACGGAUUCAAAUAUUUUAAAAAUUUGGAAUGAGUCACAUGAAAUUCCUGAUGAUCUAGAUUAUAAUGUUAAUGUGGAAUUUAAAUUAUUUAAUAAAUUUUUAGGUAUAGAUAGAUUAUCACCAAGUCUUUUAAAAAAAUGUAAUGUAAGAAUGCACAUUAAUGGAAAUAAUGAGUUGGCACUUGUUUAUCCACGAUAUAAAAAUCUUGAAAAUUCUAGCAAUCCUAUUGGCAUUAAAAUUAUACGCCAAACUAAUAAUAGUAAAUUAACUAAAGAAAAUUAUCCACUAGAUGAAAACAAGUAUUCCGGUUUUUUUUGUCAUCAUUUAAUGAAGUUAGAUGAAAAAAGUGUUAUUUUAACAACAAAUGAAAGAGAUGCAAUGGCAAUAAAUGAGGCAAAAUGUGUUAUAACUGCACUUUCUUUACCAAAAGGCCAUAAAUUAGAUUAUUCUAUUAUACCAUAUCUAGAAAAAUAUGAAAUGAUUUACCUAUGGUUUCCUAAAAAACAACAACGUUAUGCUAAAGAUUUAGCUAUUUUAUUAAAUAUAGAAAGAUGUAUUAUAAUACUUGAAGAAAAUAGGCCUAUAGAAUUAUUAAGAUAUGGAAGAAUGAAUGAUAUCACUAAUAUUAUUUUAAAUAUAUUAAAAAAACCAAGAAUAAAUAGUCUUACUUCUUUAAAAGAGUUAAGAAAUGAUGUUAAAAUGGAAUUAGUUGAUAAUAGUGAAAAAAUUAAAGGAUUUUCAAAUUGGAUUCGUUUUGAUAUACUAAAUGAUUAUCUUGGUGGACUUAGACCUUCAGAAUUAACUGUGGUUACUGGUGGAAGUGGAUACGGUAAAACAACAUUUAUAUGUGAAUAUGCAAUUGAUUUAUUUACGCAAGGCGUCCGAACUCUUAUAUGUAGUUUUGAAAUGAAUGAAGAAAAAAUUAUGAAAUGGAUGGUAGUACAGUAUGCUUCAGUGCCUUUAUAUAGAAAAGAAUAUCAUUCUAAGAUUGAUAUUUGGUUAGAUAGAUUUGAAAAAGGUCAACCAUCUUUAAUGUUUUUGAAAACUAAUACUUUAAGAAAUAAAAAUAUUACUGAUAUUUUUAAUAUUCUUAAAGAAAAUAUUAUUCAAUGUGGUAUUCAACAUAUUGUUAUAGAUAACUUACAAUUUUUAAUUGGUUUAAGUACAUUAAAUAAUCAUAAAGCAACAAGUAUAGAUAAAUUUAAUUUACAAGACCAAUUUAUAGGUCUUCUUCGUAACCUGGCAACUGACUGUGGAGUUCAUGUUACCUUAGUUGUUCAUCCACGUAAAAUGUCUGGUGAUGCAAAUGUUGAACUUCAAGAUGUUGGUGGUAGUGGUAAAGUAACACAAGAAGCUGAUAAUGUUUUAGCAAUUAUUAGAAAAGAACAUCCAACAGAUCCAAAAAUAGUUAAAAAAUUUUUAGUUAUUCUUAAAAAUCGUUAUGGAGGAAGGAGGACAUCAUUUGAACAAUUAGAAAUGGUAUAUCAAACUUCAACUUAUACACAUGUCAUAAUAGAUCAUAGUAAAAUUGAUGUUUAUGACAAUAAUGAAGACAUAUAA